AGGGGGAGAUGAUGGCGUCGGAGGAGCCUCUUGUGCUGCUUGGAGGGUGGAAGCGGCUCCUGGGAGCAGAUGGAGGGAGACAAAGGAGAGAAUAACAGGAACAGGAUUUUCAAGUGGAAGAAAUAGAUUAUGUGGAACACAAUGGAACACAAUGUAAGCCGCCCUGUGUCUUCGGAGAAGGGCGGGAUAUAAAUGUAAAUAAAUUUUAAAAAAAACCUGAAGAAAAUAUUGCACGAAAAGGUAAAAAGAUACAAUUACCAAAUUCAAAAAAAGCGAGAAAUAGAAAAGAUCCCUUGGACAGCCAAAGGCAUUAAUGAAAGCCCUUGAGGAAGGAAAAAGUGUCUUGAAUCAAAGCACCACCAAAUAAGGGAUCAGAAGUAUUUUUUGCCCCCUCAUAAAUCCAAGAAUAUCAGUGUUGGAAAAACCCCACAGACUGCCUAUUUUGGGAAAAACACAGAUAGCUGAUCACAGUUAAUUUAUGCACAGAAGGAUCCAUCCCAUGAAAACCCUAACAAAUGCUUAGAGACUGGUAAAAGCUUUAUUCAGAAUAGGACUCCCAUGACUCAUGGAACAGCCACUGCAGGAGGAGGAGCUCUACCAGUGUUCCCAAUGUGGCAAAGGAUUUAGCAUGCACACCAAUUUGGUGGGACAUAAGAGGAGUCACACAGGGGAGAACCUUUUUGAAUGUCCUGAUUGUGUGAAGAAUUUCACUUGGAAUUCUGACCUGGUUAUACACCUGAGAAAGAAACCAUAUGAGUGUCCUGAUGGUGGGAAAAGGUUCACUCGGAAUUCUGAGGUGGUGAUACACCAGAAAAUGCACAUGCAAGAGAAACCGUAUGAGUGUCUAUUUUGUGGGAAAGGUUUCACUUGGAAUUCUCACCUUGUGGAACAUCAGAGGACUCACACAGGAGAGAAACCAUUUGAGUGUCCGGAUUGUGGGAAAGGUUUUUCUUGGAAAUCUGACCUGGUGAAACACCAGAGGAUUCACAUGGGAGAGAAACCGUACGAGUGUUCAGAUUGUGGAAAAGGUUUCAAGUCUAAUUCUCAUCUGGUGAUACACCAAAGGAUUCACACAGGUGAAAAACCAUAUGAGUGUCUGCAGUGUGGAAAAAGGUUCAUUCAAAAUUCCCUCCUUUUGCGACAUCAAAGAACUCACACAGGAGAGAAACCAUAUAAGUGUCCAGAUUGUGGGAAAAGUUUCAGUCAGAGUUUUGACAUGGUGUUGCACCAGAGGACUCACAUGCAAGAGAAACCAUACGAGUGUUCAGAUUGUCAGAAAGGUUUCAGUUGCAAUUCUGACCUGGUAAAACACCAGAGGACUCACACAGGAGAGAAACCAUACAAAUGUCAUUGUGGAAAAGGUUUCAGUCAGAAUUCCUACCUGGUAAAACACCAGAGGAUCCACACAGUGGAGAAACCAUACAAAUGUUCUGAUUGUGGGAAAAGUUUCAGUCAGAAUUCCUACCUGGUGAAACACCAGAGGACUCACAUGGUAGAGAAAUUCUAUGAGUGUUCAGAUUGUGGAAAAGGUUUCAAGUCUAAUUCUGAUCUGGCAAUACACCAAAGGGUUCACACAGGUGAAAAACCAUAUAAAUGUCAUUGUGGGAAAGGUUUCAGUUGCAAUUCUGACCUGCUGAAACAUCAGAGGACACACACUGGAGAGAAACCGUAUGAGUGUCCAGAGUGUGGGAAAGAUUUCUUUUGGAAAUCUGACCUGGUGAAACACCAGAGGAUUCACACGGGAGAGAAACCAUAUAAGUGUUCAGAUUGUGGAAAAGGUUUCAACUCUAAUUCUCAUCUGGUGAUACAUCAAAGGAUUCACACAGGUGAAAAACUGUAUGAGUGUCUCCAGUGUGGGAAAAGUUUCAUUCAAAAUGCCUUCCUUUUGCGACAUUGCAGGAUUCACACAGGAGAGAAACCAUAUAAAUGUCCAGAUUGUGGGAAAGGUUUUAGUCAGAAUUUUAACAUGGUAAUACACCAGAGGACCCACACGGGAGAGAAACCAUAUGAGUGUCUGGAGUGUGGGAAAAGUUUUAGUAAGAAUUCCUACCUGGUGGAACACCAGAGGACUCAUACUGGAAAGAAAAUGUAUGAGUGUCUUGAAUGUGGGAAAAGUUUCACUUGGAAUUCCAAGCUGUUGAGACACCAGAGAACUCACACGGGAGAGAAACCAUACGAGUGUCUGUAUUGUGGGAAACGUUUCAAUCAGAAUUCCCACCUGGUGAUACACCAGAAAACACACACGGGAGAAAAACCAUACCAGUGUCCAGAUUGUGGGAAAAGUUUCAGUCAGAAUUUCUAUCUGGUGAUACACCAGAAAACUCACACAGGAGACAAACCAUAUCAGUGUUCAGAUUGUGGGAAAAGUUUCUGUUACAAUUCUUACUUGGUGAAACACCAGAGGACUCACACAGGAGAGAAACCAUAUGAGUGUCUUGAAUGUGGGAAAACUUUUAGUUGGAAUUCCAGUUUGGUGAUACACUGGAGGACUCACACAGGAGAGAAACCAUAUGAAUGUCCUGAUUGUGGGAAAGAUUUCCGUUAUAGGACUAGCCUUAUAAAUCAUGUAAGGUUACACAUAGGGGAGUAACCAUUCAAGUAGCUAGAUUGCAGACAGUGUUUCACACAAAGUUCCUCCCUUGUCACACACAAGAAAUUUCACAUGAGGCAACAUUUGAUGUGUGUAGAGGAGUCUUGAUUUUCAUUUGUUGUCUCUCAUUGGAAACCCAGCUGAACAAUUAAACAUUUAAUUACUUGCAUGAUUCUUUUUAGUGAAUUUUGUCUUAGUAUCAAACAUGAGGGAUAUGAGAUGAUGAGAUGGAGGGGACUUUGUAUGUCAUCUAGUCCAACCCCCUACUCAAGCAGCAGACCCUAUAGGAGUGGUGUCAUACUGGAUUUCUUCAAAGGCUGGAUCAGCAUUGUAGUUCUGGGGUUGGAUGGAGGGGAGGAGGACCAGGUGGGGAGACAGGAUGGACUCAUGCAGCAGACCCUAUAUAUCAUUUCUGACAAGUGGCAAUUGAGUCUCUUCUUGAAAACCUCCAGUGAUGAAGCAACCACAACUACUUAAGGCUAGCUGUUCCAUUGGUUGAUCAUUCUCUGUAGAAAAUUUCUCCUUGUUUCUCCUUUGAAUCUUUCCCUGAUCAGUUUCCAUCCAUUAUUCCUUAUCUGGCCUUUGGGUGUUUUGAAAUGCAGGUUGUUCCCCUCCUCUCUGUGACAGUGCCUCAAAUAUUGGAAGACUGCUAUCAUGUCACCACUAGUCCUUCUCUUCACUAGACUAGUCCAUGCCUAGUUCUUGCAACUGUUCUUCAUAUGUUUCAGCCUGCAGGCCUCUAAUCUGAUCUGAGCUUCCUUUCUCUGGCCCAGUUUAGUAGUUCACGUUUAUGGAAUUGAGGGGAACUGCUUUGCUGAGCGAGAGAAAGCCAGUGUGGUUCUGUAGAAAGUAUGUUUGCCAUGUUGAGUUGUUUCUAUAUAUAAUAAAGGUGUUGGGUUCUGAGCCUCCAGCACCAGGAAACGGCAAGCAGCACAGUUUGUUUGAUGUGUUAAAUAUAGGCUUGGACACUCAUCAUAAAGUGACUGUGAUCAAAUUUGGCACUAACUGCUGCUGCUUUUCCACUGCUUUAAACCACUGUGCGAACCUGCCCCGUCCUGCGGCUUCCGGAUGCCGCAAAAAGCCUAGAAGCUUUUGCCGCGCCUGAUUUGUCUUUUUGUUGGCUUGCCUGCUUUCGAGCCAGUUUGUCAGUAGACUGGUGGUACCCCAUACCUCCAGCUAAUCAGCACCCCAGCUGAUCAGCACCCAUUCUCCAGCUGAUUGUUGGCCCAGUUCCUCCACCGCCUGCUGCAUCCCACACCGCGUAAGCUUCACUCUUAAAGCUUCCCUUGGUUGUAAAGUUAGUUUUGGAAAGUUACCAUCAGGUGGAUGGUGACAGGUUUGGUGGAGAAGCUGAGAGCAAGUAGGUCUGCUUGGUUCACUCCAUGGUGUAGAAGCAGAGAAUCAACUAGACUGAAAAUUGUCAGCUGCUGCAUAUUCCUUCCCAUAUUUUAUUGCACCGGUGCUGCAGUCCUUAACAACUGAUGCCCACAAUUUUCUACUGGUUGGAAGAUUUAAAAAGUCUCCUUCAAAUGAAAAUUGAUUCCUUUGGAUUUUAUUGUUUUGGCAACAUUACGGGACUGGUCUGCUACGGGUCUCUUCUGGGAUUUUACUUUUAUUUCUAUGUUUAGCUAGCAAAAACAUUUUUUCUUACUGGAGCCCCAUCAAUGCAGGGGUGAAAUCCAGCAGGUUCUGGAGAACCAGUAGCAGAAAUUUUGAGCAGUUCAGAGAACUGGCAAAUACCACCUCUGGCUGGUACUGGGAAUGGAGAUUUUACAAUAACCUUCCCCCAGGAGUGGGGAGGGAAUGGAGAUUUUGCAGUAUCCUUCCCCUGCCACAUUCACCAAGCCACACCACAUCCACCAAGCCACGGCCACAGAACCAGUAGUAAAAAAAAUUGGAUUUCACAACUGCAUCAGUGUAUUAGCCAGGUUCAUCUGUGGUUAAACCACUAUUUUAUAAAAAAUAACACUGAGGAUAUUAGAAAUUCUGUUUUAUUAUAUAUAAAUGGUAGCAGAAGAUUGUCAUGUAGCCACACAGCUUGGUAGCAGAGGAAUUGUUGUUUUUGUUUGUUUUUUACGUUUAUAUCCCGCCCUUCUCCGAAGACUCAGGGCGGCUUACACUAUGUUAAGCAAAUAGUCUUCAUCCAUUUUUAUAUUAUAUACAAAGUCAACUUAUUGCCCCCCACAAUCUGGGUCCUCAUUUUACCUACCUUAUAAAGGAUGGAAGGCUGAGUCAACCUUGGGCCUGAUGGGACUUGAACCUGCAGUAAUUGCAAGCAUGUUUUGACUGCACUGAUUGGAAUAUUUUUAAAGAUACCUCUGUAGACCUGGAUCAACUCACAGAUACUGUAACAUCAUAUGUCAGCUUCUGUGAAGAACUAUGUGUAGCUACAAGGAACUUGCGAAUAUACAGUAACAACAAACCUUGGUUCACACCCAAACUUAAGCAGCUACGACAUUCCAAAGAGGAAGCCUACAGAAAAGGUGAUAAAAUGCUGUACAAUCAGGCCAGAAAUGCACUAACAAGGGAGAUCAGAGCAGCAAAAAGAAGCUACUCUGAAAAGCUAAAGAAUCAGUUUUCAGCAAAUGAACCAGCAAACAUGUGGAAAACUCUUAAAAAUAUCACUGGCUAUGGCAAACCUCCUUCCCAGGCUGAAGGUAAUCAACAACUGGCAGAUGACCUGAAUUAGUUUUACUGCAGGUUUGAAAGGAAACUACAGCCACCUAUCUUCACAACCCCCAUCUCAGACACACCAACAACAGCCAAGCCUCCUACAACUGACCCCAUUUCAUUGGGUUCACAAGCCCUAGUGAUCACAGAAAAGGAAGUGCAGGACCUAUUUCACAGACAAAAGCCAGGAAAUGCUCCAGGCCCAGACAAGAUAACUCCUUCUUGCUUAAAAGUCUGUGCUGACCAAUUGGCCCCCAUCUUCACCCAUAUUUUCAAUAAAUCACUAGAGAUGUGUUAUGUUCCUUCUUGCUUCAAACGCUCUACCAUCAUCCCAGUGCCGAAGAAGCCCACCAUCAAGGAACUGAAUGACUACAGACCAGUUGCUUUAACAUCUGUAGUCAUGAAAACCUUUGAAAGGCUAGUGCUUUCCUACCUGAAAACCAUCACGGAUCCGCUGUUAGACCCCUUGCAAUUUGCAUACCGAGCAAAUAGAUCAACAGAUGAUGCUGUUAAUAUGGCUCUGCACUACAUCCUACAACAUCUUGAGUCUCCAAAGACCUAUGCAAGGGUCCUUUUUGUAGACUUUAGUUCAGCAUUCAAUACCAUCAUUCCAGACAUUCUUCUAACUAAGCUAAACCAGCUACAGGUACCGGAACAGACUUGUAAGUGGAUCACAAGCUUCCUAACAAACAGGAAGCAGCAGGUGAAGCUAAGCAAGAUCACAUCAAAUACCUGUACAAUUAGCACAGGGGCCCCCAAGGCUGUGUGCUCUCCCCACUUCUCUUCUCUCUGUAUACCAAUGACUGCAUCUCCAAUGAUCCAUCUGUUAAGCUACUGAAGUUCGCAGAUGACACAACAGUGAUUGGUCUCAUUCGAGACAAUGACGAAUCCGCAUAUAGACGAGAGGUCGAACGACUAGCCUUGUGGUGCAACCAAAACAAUCUGGAACUGAACACACUCAAAACCGUAGAAAUGGUGGUAGACUUUAGGAGAAACCCUUCCAUACUUCCACCUCUCACAAUACUAGACAACACAGUAUCAACAGUAGAAACCUUCAAAUUUCUAGGUUCUAGCAUAUCGCAAGAUCUAAAAUGGACAGCUAACAUCAAAAACAUCAUUAAAAAAGGACAACAAAGAAAAUUCUUUCUGCGCCAACUCAGUAAGCUCAAACUGCCCAAGGAGCUGCUGAUUCAGUUCUACAGAGGAAUUAUUGAGUCUGUCAUUUGCACCUCUAUAACUGCCUGGUUCGGUUCUGGAACCCAACAAGAAAAACACAGACUUCAGAGGAUAAUUAGAACUGCAGAAAAAAUAAUUGCUACCAACCUGCCUUCCAUUGAGGACCUGUAUACUGCACGAAUCAAGAAGAGGGCCGUGAAAAUAUUUACAGACCCCUCGCAUCCUGGAUAUAAACUUUUUCAACUCCUACCCUCAAAACGACGCUAUAGAGCACUGCACCACAGAACAACUAGACACAAGAACAGGUUUUUUCCAAAGGCCAUCACUCUGCUAAACAAAUAAUUCCAUCAACACUGUCAAACUAUUUACUGAAUCUGCACUACUAUUAAUCUUCUCAUAGUUCCCAUCACCAAUCUCUUUCCAUUUAUGACUGUAUGACUAUAACUUGUUGCUGGCAAUCCUAAUGAUUUAUAUUGAUAUAUUGAACAUCAAUUGUGUUGUAAAUGUUGUACCUUGAUGAACGUAUCUUUUCUUUUAUGUACACUGAGAGCAUAUGCACCAAGACAAAUUCCUUGUGUGUCCAAUCACACUUGGCCAAUAAAAAUUCUAUUCUAUUCUAUUCUAAUAACAGACUGUCUUAGCAGUCUGAGCCACCAGAGGCCCUGUUAGGUUCAAUUGUAAAGGCAGUCCUCAUUAUUUGUUCCCUGAGCCUUCAAAGUUACUAUGGCACUGUAAAGACAGAUAUACACUUAGGCCACAGAUAAGUGGGCAUCGUGGCACUUCUUCGGUGACCACAUUUCAGUAAUUCCUGUAGUUCUGAAGAUGCAGGAAAAGGAGUUGCACCAAUUAGGGUGCUGCCAAUCAGUCCACAUUUGGGCCAUUCCAUGUCAAGUGGUCUGAUUUCAGAAGACUCCCCUGCUGAACCUGACUGUUCCAGUUGCCACUGCAAUUCCAGGGGCUCUUGGGUCAUUAAUUGAGGACCUCAUAUGAUUUUGAUGUGGGAAGAGGUAGGUGUCCCAGGCAAGGUAGCCAGCAGGUGGGAGUUACAGGCAAGUGGGUGGUCUCCAGGCCUGCUCCUUUCUGGGAGAGGAAUUGAAAGCCAAGUGUUAAAGCUCAAUACACCUUAGAUCAGGGGUCUCCAACCUUGGU